UCCAAAUUUCAAGUUACACAUGAAAAAUUCACCAGUAUUUAUUACAUAUUUAUUUGGCUUCACUAUGAGAGAAAUUGUACAUAUUCAGGCUGGACAAUGUGGAAACCAGAUUGGUUCAAAGUUCUGGGAAGUCAUAUCUGAUGAACAUGGAAUUACACCAACAGGUAACUUUGCUGGUGAAUCCGACCUACAGCUUGAGCGGAUCAAUGUCUACUAUACUGAGGCAAGAGGUGGAAAGUAUGUACCUCGGGCUAUCCUCGUAGAUCUAGAACAAGGAACUCUGGAUUCAGUGAGAUCAGGACCAUUCGGACAGAUCUUCCGGCCCGACAACUUUGUGUUCGGUCAAGGGGGAGCUGGUAACAACUGGGCCAAGGGACAUUACACUGAGGGGGCAGAGCUGGCAGAUACCACCCUUGAUCUCAUCAGACAGGAGGCAGAGGCUUGUGACUGUCUUCAGGGUUUCCAGCUAGUGCACUCACUUGGAGGUGGUACUGGCUCUGGGAUGGGUACCUUGCUUAUUUCAAAGAUCAGGGAAGAAUACCCUGAUAGAAUCAUCAUGACAUUUAGUAUUAUCCCUUCUCCCAAGGUGUCUGAUACCGUGGUGGAACCUUACAACGCUACAUUAUCCAUCCACUACCUUGUAGAAAAUGCUGAUGAAGUUUACAUGAUUGACAACGAAGCGUUGUAUGACAUCUGCUACAGGACUCUGAAACUGUCUGCUCCAACAUAUGGUGACUUGAACCAUCUCAUCUCAGUUGCUAUGUCCGGAAUCACAACAUGUUUUAGAUUUCCUGGUCAACUGAAUGCAGACUUGAGAAAGAUCUGUGUAAACAUGGUCCCAUUCCCACGACUCCAUUUCUUCAUGCCCGGGUUUGCUCCUCUUGUGUCCAGGGGAGGUCAGGCGUACCGAGCACUCACUGUGCCAGAGCUUACCAAACAGCUAUUUGAUGCCAAGAACAUGAUGUGUGCUGCUGACCCCCAUCGUGGCAAGUAUCUCACUGUGGCCAUCAUCUUCAGAGGUAGAAUGUCUAUGAAAGAAGUCGAUGAGCAAAUGCUCAAUGUGCAGAACAAGAACUCUACCUAUUUUGUGGAAUGGAUUCCGAACAAUGUGAAGACAGCGGUUUGUGACAUCCCACCUCGGGGCCUUCGUAUGAGUGGCACAUUCAUAGGCAACACAACUGCUAUCCAGGAACUGUUCAAGAGAGUUCAGGAACAGUAUUCAGCAAUGUUUCGCAGGAAAGCAUUCCUUCACUGGUACACUGGCGAAGGAAUGGAAGAAAUGGAAUUUACAGAAGCAGAAUCAAAUUUGAUGGAUUUGGUGUCAGAAUAUCAACAAUAUCAGGAUGCACCAGCUGAUGAUGACUUCGAAGAAAGAGAUUCUGUGAGCCUCGAAGAGUAUGACGAUUAGAUAGUUACAGAUUCAGAAUUCAUUACAACACUUUCAUUGAA